GGCGCGAUGUACCUUCGCAGAGCAGUCUCCAAGACCCUGGCGCUACCUCUCCGGACGCCCACCAGCCCGGCGCCGUUCCGGAAGGACGCAGCUCUUCGCCGGAUGUCAUCUAAGUUCCUUGGAUCAUCUGGAUCAAAUAUGAUGUAUUAUCUGGUUGUAGGUGUCACAGUCAGUGCUGGUGGAUAUUAUACUUACAAGACAGUCAGAUCAGAGCAAGCCAAACAUUCAGAACAUAUGACAAAUUUGAAAGAAAAAAACAAAGAAGAAUUACAACCACUUCAAGGUGAAGAAGAGAACCCUGUGGAAACAGAGAAACCAAGUUCAGAAGCCCCUGAAGUAUCUGUAGUGGAAGCAGACAAAGCAAGUGCUGAAGAAAUUCCAGAUGCUACCAAUGCAGUCAUAAAAGAGGAGUCAGCCUGUCUGGAAGGUAUGGAUGCUGCUCUGGUGGGGACGGCAGCAGUUGGUGCUGAAACAGGGCCAGAGGAUACAGAUAUACCCAGGGGUGAAACCACAAAAGUCAAUGCCGAAACAGCCCCAGGAAUUACAAAGCCUCCUCCAUUUGAGGCUGUUGCCGGUAGUGAUGAUAAAGAUAUCACAGAGAAGGAAAGAUCGGAUGAACAUACUGAACUAGAAAAAGGAAAUUCCACAGUUGAGUCAGAAUCCUCUGCUGGGGAUGUUUCACAGGAAGAAGCCGGUGUUGAUUCGGAGGCCACCUCAGCUCAAGGCUAA